CUGUCGGUUUUUAACUUUCAUUGUCAAUUUUGACAUUUGGUUAAACACAAAAGCAUUAUUUUUCAUAAAUUAAAAUGCAAAAAUCAUUAAAAUGGUCACCAGCACAACCCUUUAAAAAAAGUGAUAAUAUAAUAUCUUCAAAAGCUCGUGAAAAAGGGGAUUAUGGAUUCGCGCCUUCUUAUUUAUUGGAACCAAGAGAAAAUAUGAUAUUUCUAAUGUCCAACGAGUAUAUGCGAAUGUGGUUUAAUGAACGUGGAAAAUACGAAAAAGACACCUACAGUAAGGAAGAAAUCAUUAAAGAAGAGAGCAAAAUAAAGCGCAGAUUCGUUCAGAGGAUGAUGACAUACAGACAACCAAGCAAAAAUUUCUUUUUAGAAAACAAACUGAACAAAAAAACCGUAGACAAAACUGAGAAAACUCCGAUUGAUUAUUCAAAAAUGAAAUACAAACCCUAUUGUAAAUAUUUGCAUGAAAGCGAUAAAGGAACCAAAGAUUUAAAGAAAUCUGGAUCAAAGGAUCUUAAAGCACCACAAAAAAGUAGUGUCAAAUCAACUGAUGACGAUAAAAAAAGAGAAGAUAAGAAGAAAGAAGAUAAAAAAGGAGAAUAUAAAAAAAGAGAAGAUAUAAAUAAAGCUACCCCUUUAUGUCCAGUUUAUGUACCAGUUUGUUGUUGUACUCCGACUUUACCAUGUGGAUGUAAAAGUUACGUGUAUGCGAAUCAGUAGUAAUAUAUCAUCAGUGACUUUUUUUAAAUUAAUAAAAAAUAUGUUAGUCAAAAUUGAAUGUCAUAUUUAAACUGCCAAUUAAAUUUCAACCAUGUGCCUACUGAAUGGCCCAAUACAAUAUAAAUCUUU